GCCAACUUCGGACGCACUGUGUGUAUAGUCGCCAAGUCAUACUGCGUACGUUUUAUACUCGUACACUUCCUUUUGUCGUUUUCGGUAUUGCACCAGCGCGCAUACUAACUAAACUGUGCCAGUGCCAKUCUACAUCACUUUCUUUUGCAACGGUAUCACAACGGUGUGGUGUGACCAUAAUCAGAUUUUUCAACAUAGAGUGCAAGUGUUGGAGUAGUGACCGGUGGACAAUGGCGGGUGGUAGUAGAUAAUCAACCCCAGUCAUGCAUAGUGGCAAUCGCCAACUACGUGUAAUUGUUGACCACAAUUGCUAGCCAGAUCCCAUUCGGCGUUCGGCACUCACACGUAAACAUCCCUGCACCAGCCUCUCCGGGCAUACGGGACUUGGCGGAGAUAUCACAAUUAUAGACAAGGCAUACACCGCACAACGUGUUGCCAUUAAGUACGCACGUAACGUACAAAAACGUAUUUGAACGUGCAGUUGAUGUGGACCGUUCGGUACGCGGCCAAUAAAACUCAAAGUCAUCUGAACGCACGUCGCGUACGGUCCGUGCACGGACUCGGUAGGAUUCAAUUGGAAUUACUAAUCCGAAUAUGCCGAAUUCGUCAGACACAAAUUCGCAUGUGCCAACCGGAAGGCCACACUAACGCCAGCCGAUAACCUUCAUAYGUUUCCUCAUUGUAAAUUAGACCGCCUCCCACAACUAUAGUUAAAAUAUUUCAGUGAAAAUUUUAAAUGAUACGCACAGUGUUUAGUGUGAGUGUUUAAAUGAAAGUGAAAUUAUUAAAAAUAGUAUAUAAUAAUAAUUGUUUGAUGUAACAUUUAACAAGUUCAUAAAAUAUAGAAUUUGUUUAUUCGUGAUCAAUAUUAAGAAUGCAAUGAAUUGGAACGUGCCACAAACGUGUAUGCAUGGAUGAAAGAACAUGCACAUAGAAAUUGUUAAAAUAUAUGUGAUUGAAAACGUGGUUAAAACGCACAAAAUAUACGAUUUAAAAAAAAAAUUGCGUAAUAUUACUAAAUUCGUCUUUAACAGCGUGAUAAGGGUGCCAUAAUAUUAAAUACAUACAUAUGAGGUGUUCAUAUAUGUAUGUUUUUACCUGAAGCAAUAGUGUUCACAUACAUUUUCGUAUUGACGCAGUCAUAAAGCUUAUAAUUAUUAUACGGUUUCAUCGGUUCAAAGUACCAUUUAUUAAAAGAACUAAUUUAUCAKCAUUCGUCAUGUUGCCCUAUCAAGCUGUUGCAAUGGAUUAUGCUGGUUACCAGCGGCAGCCUACGCCCGGACAUCCUGGAAAUCACAUGUCAGGUAUGGGUUCGCUGAGCAUGCCCGGUGUGGCGGCUGGACCCUUCACACACUCAUGGCUGGUGCCAACGCARGACCUGUGCGCUAUGCCAUAUGGCAAAAUGACGAGUCAGCACCAAACCGGCGGAAUGCACGGUCCACAACAACCCAUCGAACCAGGGAUUCUCGAACUACGGAAGGAAAAGUCGCGAGACGCAGCAAGAUCUCGACGUGGCAAGGAGAACUAUGAAUUCUACGAAUUGGCGAAAAUGCUUCCUCUACCUGCGGCUAUAACAAGCCAAUUGGAUAAGGCUUCCAUUAUAAGACUGACAAUAAGUUAUCUGAAAUUAAGAGAUUUCUCUGGACAGGGCGAUCCACCAUGGACUCGAGAGCAGUCGAGUAGUAGCAAAUUAAAAAGUGCUGCAAUUCGCCGUAGUCCUGCCGUMGAUUUAUUUGAGCAACAUCAAGGCACACACAUAUUACAGUCACUAGAUGGAUUUGCAUUAGCUGUUGCGGCCGAUGGACGAUUUCUGUACAUAUCGGAAACGGUAUCUAUUUACUUAGGCCUCUCACAGGUAGAAAUGACAGGAAGUAGCAUAUUCGACUACGUUCAUCAGAGCGAUCACGCAGAAAUUGCCGAACAACURGGGUUAAGCUUAACCAAUGGUGGCAUUGCAGCUGGUGGCAACGGUAGUGGUACAACUGGACUAGCGUCCCCCACAUCGGGAGCGUCAGACGACGGUGUUGGUACACAUGGAACGAAUAACCCUGAUGUAUCUGCACAAAUGACCGUGUCCUCCACCAGCGGAUACAAAGGCUACGAGCGAUCGUUUUGCAUUCGAAUGAAAUCGACACUCACCAAACGAGGCUGCCAUUUCAAAUCCUCCGGCUAUAGGGCAAACGAUCAAUCGGUCAGUGGUGGUAAAAAUGGUAAACCAACGGGCACGAAUUAUUCGGUAGUUUUGCUAUUGUGCAAGCUGCGACCGCAAUAUACGUUCUCACAUACACGAAAAUCUCAGCCUCCUUUGUUGGGCAUGGUCGCUCUAGCGAUUGCCUUGCCACCUCCUUCCGUUCAUGAGAUACGUCUGGAAUGCGACAUGUUUGUAACCCGCAUCAAUUUCGAUUUUCGAAUAGCACACUGUGAGCCACGGGUGUCUGAUUUGCUCGACUACAACCCCGAAGAUCUUGUCAACAAGAGUAUGUACAACCUAUGUCAUGCUGAGGAUGCCAUUCGGUUACGAAAAAGUCAUAUGGAUCUUAUAGAAAAAGGUCAAGUUCUCACGGGGUACUUUCGACUGAUGAACAAGAACGGUGGCUACACUUGGUUGCAAACCUGCGCAACGGUAGUUUGCAGUACAAAGAAUGCUGACGAACAAAAUAUAAUUUGCGUCAACUAUGUUAUUAGUAAUCGAGAAAACGAAAAUCUCAUAUUGGACUGCUGCCAGAUGGAACCUAGUGUGGAUUGUAUUAAACACGAAGAGCUUGUGAGUGACAAGAACUCUGGUUCGCCUAACAGUGAUGCCGCACCCGAAGGACAAGCCGGUGUUGGUGGCAAUGCRAAAGACUCAACACCCAAGGCUGAUGGUGAUGGACACAACCAACGUUCUCGUGGACGGGGUACAAAUUCCACUGUUAAUACGAAUUCUAGCAACUUAACUUUAGUUAAAGAUAGUCCUAAUUCUGUAAGUGUGGAGUUGGAAAACGGGACGAGUUCUUUACCUACAACUGUGGCCACACCAGCAGCAACCCCUACCACAACAACAAAACGCAAACGAAAAACCAAAGCAUCGCUGCAAAUCGAAGAGAACACGGACGUAAACACAAUUAAUGUUUCGGACACGGAUACUCAACCGCAAACGAAAAUACCUACUAUAGAAAGGGAAGUGCCACGCAGCCGUUUGCCGUCAACAGUAGAACAAAUCCCACAGCAGCCGCAGCAAGCGCAUAUUUCCCAACAACAACAGACGCAACAACAGAUACAGCAGUCACAACAACAGCAAGCGCAUUCUGAGGCUUCCGUGAAGGAUUUGGAAAAUGCUAUGACAAAACACUUGCCCUCACCCGGUAUAAAUAGUGGCGAUGCGGCGGUAAUUGCCACAGAUUUUAGCACAGACGCGCUAUUAAAACAACAGCAACAAAACGAGAAGAGUAGCACUAUACAAUGGAUCGGUGCGCCACACUAUCAACAACCAGCGCAAAUGCCUGCCACCGCGCUGCUGCGGCAACUUUAUGCAAAUCGAGAAAGCGUCAUAAGAGCUACAGCACGUCAAACGCCGACGGGCGUCUUUUACGGUGACCAACAGGGYGGACCUUUGCCCACUCCACCAGGCAGUGAGUCGUCCUAUGACAAUCACCAAUAUCUACAACUUCAUCCCGCCCAUCCACAAAAGUCCUCUUCAGAUGCAUUCACAAACUUGGUAUCCACAUAUGGUGGUUACCACACCUCUAUCGAUUAUCAUAAUGCUAUGACUCCGCCUAGUUCAGUAUCUCCGCGUGACAGCAACAAUACCAUAAAUGCAACCAAAGCAACCUCUCACAACAGUAACGGCUAUGAUUACACGGACUCACUCCGUGUUCAGUAUUCAGCACCGAAUAACGCCGGCGAAAGUAGUGGCACACCUGCACUACCGCUCAAGCCACAGCCAUACUCGGCCGCAACGGCCACCAUGCACCAUCCCCACCCAAGUACCGACGCAUCCAGCAUUACAUACGGCAACUUAGAUCAAUCACAAUACUUUCCACCACAUUCCAGCUUUCAUUUAUAUCAUAAAGGUACACCACCCAGUGGYUGGUACUCGACACCAUCAUAGGUCAGCCUUCAGAACUGCAAUUUGCAGCAACAGUGGGCAACUCAGAAAGAWGAAGAACUGCAUCCAAAGGAAAGUUGGGAUAUCGUUGGAGCACUUGGAAAGGUUGCCAGAAUGUUCUUCAGUGCCCGUAGGGGUAAUUAAAGAGAUUGCGGUACUACUAACUCGAAAGAAAAUUGCCUUGCUUGUGAAACUCACGCAUGCAGCGCGGAAUAUAGCGGCCCAACUUAACAGUAGCGUAAUAUGGUUCAUACAUACUUAUGCAAAUGCAAGUAUGACCAAUAGAAUGUAAGGAAAAAAUUCUUUUUCACACUAUCGUUCGAAAAGUUGUACACUUCUUCAUUUCUGAAAACUUACGUGGUCGUUACGAAAUAUUAUUAUGUGUACUUACAUACAUACAUAYAUAAUUUUACAUAUUUUGAAUGACCAUACAUACCUAUACAUACAAACGGAU